GAAGCUGGCAGCCAAGCCCCACAUGGCAACCACAAAGGGGGACCAAGAUCUAGUCAAACUCCUACUCGAACGCUGGAAUGACCCAAAAUCUGGCCUCGACAAGGCCACGGAGAUGCGGUACGACGUCUUUCUGUCCUUCCCAGACCCAGAGAAACCCAACAAGGUGGCCGUGGUGCUGGAAAACAACACUGAGGUGUUUGCGUCCAAGGAAAGUGAGGAAAAACUCACUUCAGAUCAAGAAGAUCCAAAUAUAGUAAAGCCCUACGCAGCUUAUGGACCCCCAGGGAUCGCCGAG